UUUUACGGGAAUAUAAUAUCAAAAUUGAUUACGUUAUCGGCUUAACAUUUUUAGAAAACUGUAAUAACUUUUCCGGCAAAAGAUUUGAAUAAUGACGAGUACUGCCAAAACACUAAAGGAAAAGCCUAGUAUCGGAGCCCCUCGCCUGCAACCUCGGCCCACCGCAGCGUCGGCCGCGCGCGCUGCUCGCAAUGCCACCAACCGCAACCUCACACAACAACCCUCCCAGAGGCAAUCUCCGGCUAGAAAUACUACCUACCCUAAGACUAAAAUUCCUACUCAGCGCCCUUUGAAAUCUGAUUCAAAGACUGAUGUAAAGAUAAAUCCGAGUGCAGAAAGUGUGGUUGCUCCUACUUCAGAUGUCUUUUCUAAUUCACCAUCGUUUCAAGACAAUACGUAUCAAAAUGGCCCUGAAACUAUAACUGAAAAUUCAAGCGAUAUUGACUGUAAAAAUAUAAAUUUGCAGAAUUACGACCCUGCUACAUUAGAGUACUCCCAUCAUGAAAAAGAGACAUUCGGGCCUAGCACGAUAAGUCGUCCGCAAACUCCAGUGAAAUCUUCUAGCAGACCACAAACUCCAAAGAGCCGGCCCCAAACGCCACGGCCUUUCAGUCGCCCCACUACGCCGAAACCACAAGCUGGAAGUCGCCCCACCACACCCGCACCACGAACCAAUAGCCGCCCUACUACCCCGCGUCUGAAUGCUCCGAGUAACACCAAAACACCCUCAACCACCCUAGCUUCUAAUACAAGGGGUUUAACAACAUUUACGAAUAACCAGACAGCACUUGUAGCAAAAGAGGAUGAUGAUAUAAAAUCGCUAUACAAUACCAAGCAGAGGCAAUUUCAUCGCAUGAAAAAGGAAUUGGACCUUAAGCAGCAAGCAGUACUAGAAUUAUUUGAAUGUCUUCGUGGUUUGCGAGAGCGCAUGUCGCGCGAGGGUAUUGUGUCCGGUGGCGGCGAGAGUUGUCAGCAUCAGGAGCUGGUUGUGUUCAACGUGGCUGACUGGGCAGCCGACGAAGUUGCGCAACUGUGUCGCGACGCUACUGCCUCUUCCAUGACCGACGGUGCUCUCGAAAUGAUCAACACUAUUGCACCUAUAGAUGAAACCUCUCUAGAAGAUUUGGAGGUUAAAGUGUCUAAGGUGCCUGCUCAAUUAGCUGAUCUAUGUCUUCAGUCAUUUACAGCACGUCAAGAACUAAUUGACUGGGUUAAAGAACUCAUCGACCGAAAUGAUAUCGGAAGUAGCGAGGGUAUUGAACGAAUUGCUCAGUAUAAUGCUCAGGGGCUUGAGCUAUGCGAGGCACUACGCGAAUAUAAGGGCAGAGCAGACAUUGCUUUGGACACACUCACACAACUUUCUAAGCGGGCAAGUAGAGAGCGGAAUAUGUUGAUUGCAAUAGGUGAGUCCCUGGUUCGCGAGAUUGCACGUUUGCGUCAAGAUCUAGAAUCUCGUGCAAUUAUUGUCAGUGAAAUGCGUGAAAUUAGAGCUGAAACUGAUACUGCCAAAUCUUUAGAGGAAGUACGUCGCGAGUUGGAUGAAGAACGAGCUGCGAAGCAAGUAAUGAAAGAAAAGCUUGCAAACUCCGAGUCACAACUCCGUCAACUUCGCAUUCGUGUCACCAAAAUGGACCGCCAAUUACGUGAAUCGGAGGCCAGCAUCUCUAGCCUUACCGGGACUGUUAAAACUUUGGAAGAUCAGAGUCGGCAACGUGAGGUUCAACUUGAGGCUCGUGCAAGAAAACUUAAAGAAUCGCUGAAGACAGGUGAACUAGCUAGUAGUCAAAUAGCGCAUCAACGAGAUUCACUUCAAACAGAGAUAGCGGAACUUAAAGAACAAAUUGAAAAUAUGACGGCUCAACACAAAUCGGCUGUACAAGAAUUAAAGGAACAACUCAAAGCUAUGAAACAAGCUUUAGAGGAACAGAAAAGCUUAACGCAAGCUGAAGUAGAGCAAAAAGAAGCUAUUCAUAGAGCUCUUGAAGAAAAAGAUAGUGCUAUAGAAGAAUUAAAAGCUAAAAUAACUGAACUAGAGGAAAAAAUACCUCAUCCAGAUUUACCAACUGAAAGAGAAAUGGACUUAUGGGCGGAACUUCAAGCUACCAAAGACACGUUGAGAAUCGCAGAAGAGGAAGUGGCUGCUUGUAAACGCGAAAAAGUAAAAUUUUUGGAAACUCUUACGAAAAUAACGGAGUCCGAGAACAAAGUUGGCAUGCAACAAAAAUUGGCUGCUGAGUUAUUGAGUAAAGAAGAAAUAAUAGCUAAGAUGCAGAUUCAGACACGGGAACUGACAAAAAAUAUAAAACUGAAUGAACAAAAGGUCAUUCAAUAUGAACAAUAUGUUCAUGAUCUACAGGCACACAAUAAAUCAAUGGUGAAAACUCAGGAUGGUAAUGCAAGCUACCAAGAAUUACAACAAGAGAUAAUGAAGCUGAGAAUGGGUCUUCUAGAAGCGGUUCAUCAAAAAGAGGAAUUAAAUGAAAUGCUAAUGCAAAAGGAACAACAACUAGAAGAACAAGACAAGACAUCACGUGCCCAGGCAAGAUUUAUAAAGGUCCGUGAAGAGCUCAUCAAUAUGCUGAAGAAUAAGGAAACUGAACAGAGUCGAGAGUUGACUGCACUCCAACAAGACCUUGAACAUCGAAUGAAAAUUGUAGAUGAAGUCAAUAAACAAAUAGCCGCGAAAGCCGACGAGAUACAAGAGCUGUUCACCACAUUGGAGAACAAGCAGCAGCAGAUUCACCGAUUGGAAAAGAUCGUACUGGCAUUGGAGGAGCAACAGCGACGUGCGCAGGCGCAACGGACGAGGCACGAGGAGAAAAUUGCCGCACUCGAACACGAACUCGCAGCGGGUGGGAAUCGACGAGAACGGAAAUUUCUAUUCUUCUGAAAGAAAUUAGCUACGAACAAUAAAUUUUAAAUUUGCCAGUGUAGUCUGUGUAUGUAAGUGCUGUUUCUUAUAACUUUUUGUGUUG